AUGGCUAGAGUUAAUCGCUUUGGCUUUUUAGCCAUUGCAAUGGCUUUUCAUCUAGUCUACAUUUAUUCAAUCUUUGAUAUUUAUUUUGUGAGUCCAAUAGUGUCUGGGAUGCGCGAAUUUGGAGUAGAACGGCCAGAUGGAGUGGAAGCUCCAGCAAAGCGUUUGGUGCUUUUCGUUGGUGAUGGUCUACGAGCAGAUAAAGCCUUCCAAUCAUUUCCAGAACCAUAUCCAAAAUCGGAAGAAGAUCUCAUCCCACGCCCUCUUGCGCCAUUCCUUCGUUCGCGGGUGCUGGGGCACGGCACUUUCGGUGUCUCUCAUACUCGAGUCCCUACGGAGUCUCGCCCCGGACAUGUUGCGCUCAUUGCGGGUAUGUACGAAGAUGUGUCGGCAGUUGCUACUGGAUGGAAACUCAACCCCGUAAACUUUGACAGUGUUUUCAAUAGGAGUAGGCAUACUUGGUCAUGGGGGAGUCCAGAUAUAUUGCCAAUGUUUCAGUUGGGCGCUGUGCCAGGUCGUGUAGAUGCAUACACAUAUUCUGCUGAGGAGGAGGACUUUUCAAAGGCAGCUUUACAUUUGGAUAUCUGGGUAUUCGACAGAGUUAAGGCUCUUUUUGCAGAAGCUGCCAAGAACGCUACUUUAAAUGCCGUAUUGAGACAAGAUAAGAAUGUGUUCUUUCUACAUCUUCUUGGCCUGGAUACUACAGGUCAUGGUUAUCGGCCAUACUCGAAAGAAUAUCUAUAUAACCUCAAGGUUGUGGACGAAGGCAUCAAGGAAGUGACAAAGGUUAUCGAAAAUUUCUAUAAUGAUGAUAAAACCGCUUUUGUUUUCACAGCUGAUCAUGGAAUGAGUGAUUGGGGAAGCCAUGGUGAUGGACACCCAGACAACACACGCACUCCACUCAUUGCUUGGGGAUCCGGAGUUGCGAAGCCAGUUGUACAGGCCCAUGGAAUCGCACCAGGUCACGAUGAGCUAUCCUCAGACUGGGGAAUGGAUCACAUCCAUCGACAUGAUGUUUCGCAAGCAGAUGUCGCAGCUCUCAUGGCAUAUCUGGCUGGAGUCAACUUUCCGGUCAAUUCAGUCGGAGAAUUACCCUUGCCCUACCUUGCAGCGGAUAUUCCCGAAAAAGCUGAAGCUUUUCUUGCUAAUGCUAGAGGUAUUCUUGAUAUGUAUCGAAUCAAAGAGGAACACAAGAAAGCUACGGAGUUGAGGUAUCGACCGUUUGAAGGUCUCGGAGAUGAUAAUCACACCGCUGAGCAUCGAUUAGCUGAUAUCAGAAAUUUGAUCAAUCGAGGUCAACAUGAAGAAGCAAUCCGAGAGACUGCAGAACUUGUGAGACUUGGCUUAGCUGGUCUACGUUAUCUUCAAACGUAUGAUUGGCUUUUCCUGAGAGCCUUGAUCACAAUUGGAUACCUGGGCUGGAUCAUGUUUGCCCUCACCACUGUCAUUGAUCUUCACGUUCUUCAUGGAAAUACUAAGACCUCCAGAACUUUGGCUGCUAGUCUGUUUUUCUCAUCAAUUCUUGUCGCUCUUUUUGCUUCUUUCAUUGUGUCAGAAUCGCCUUUAACAUAUUAUGCUUAUGCCAUCUUCCCAGUAGCAUUCUGGGAAGAGGUGUAUGCUCGCCGAAAUGCCCUCACACAAGGCGGGAAAGCACUAUUUGGUCAUAUAAAAUCACCAUUUGCUUUUAUUGGAAUAAUCAUCAAGGCUAUAAUUUUCUUAGGUCUCAUCGAAUGUCUCGCAUGGGGAUACACAUACAGAGAAAUCUUCUCCGUUUUAUUCAUCUUAGCAACUUUCUGGCCGGCAUUCUACGGGCUGGGAUUUUUGAAGAACAACAAGGCAUUAACUCUAACGUGGAUUGUGUCUUUAUACGGUGGUGCGUUGAUGGUAGCCGUAGGUGUAUUAUAUCUUGCUUUUGAAAGAAAGCUGCUGGCAAAAUCCAAGAUGGCAGGUGAUUCCAUCGCGCCAGCCGAUAAUCUUCUAUCCCGCUCCCUCAUUGGAGCGCAGAUUGGGUUGGUUAUCCUAUCCAUGAUCGUCACGAGAUCUACAGCGAUGUCCUUACAGGCCAGAAUGGGACUUCCUCGAGGCAAUCAAAUCAUUGGUUGGUGCUUAAUUGGCUUAUUCUACUUUGCAUUUUCUUCCACCCUUAUCACCUGGGUUCUGUUAGAGCAUAACAUCCAUAAACACACUAUGAGUAAAAAGACAACCAAGGCAAAUGAUGCCUCAGUGCCCGAAAUCCCUGCUUCGUUAUCCUCCUCUCCAUUCCGCUCUCUCACAUUGACAGAUGCACGGAUAUCUCUAUUCUUCCUCAUACUUUUGCAGUCAGCAUUUUUCAGCACUGGGAACAUGGCAUCUGUCUCAUCCUUUAGUCUGGACAGCGUGAAUCGUCUGAUUCCAGUCUUUGAUCCGUUCUCUCAAGGAGCUUUGUUGAUAGUGAAGCUCAUGAUCCCAUUUGCAUUGAUUUCAGCGAACUUGGGUAUCUUGAACAAGAGACUAGGCGUCGCUCCAUCAGCCUUGUUCAUGGUAGUAAUUGCCAUCAGCGACUUCCUGACCCUGCACUUCUUCUGGGUGGUCAAGGAUGAAGGAUCGUGGUUGGAAAUCGGGUCUACGAUCAGUCACUUCGUCAUUGCAAGCUUGCUAUGUCUGUUUGUGGCUAGUUUAGAAGGUGUCAGUGAGCUUUUCAUCGCAGGUGUAGAAGUUGAGGAUAAUUCUAGUCAGCUCGGGAAGGAACGGGAGCUUGGAGGGGUCAUUAGGAAGGAUGAAAAGUUGGGGAAUGGAAAUACUAAGACUGCUGUCAAUAGGAAAAACGAAGAUAGAUGGCCUUUCGAUAGCAAAAACUACCUAGGCAAUUUGAACCGAAAACCAUUAACCUCUCUAUGGACAAUUAAGUUCGCCAAUGCGCCAUCCCGCAAUCCACAAGAUGCUUUAUGCGGCUUAGGUUGA